ACGGAAACACAGAAAAGCUUUACCGGAAAAUAGCUGAUAGGGAGUUUAUGACAAGUUAUUACACCUGGCUAAUAAGUAAACACAAACUGUUAACUAAACAAGUAAAUAGUAUAUAGAAGUAGUAAUCACUUAAAACAAUCGACGAUGCAUCCUGAACCCCUCGAAUCCGGUGAGGUGGAAGAAGAGAGUGGCGUGGACUCCAGUACGACCCUGCAAGCUGGAGAUGCAGAAAUAUUGCUGAACGCAAUGUCAACAACUUACAGUAAACUAGAGGAGGCCCCCACGGCGAACUGCAGCCCCCUGCCAAACGAUAUCGAAGGAGACCGUUGUGUGUCCUCACAUACAGAAGUCGACAAACUCAUACAAGCCCAAAAACAAGAGAAAAAGGAAAAGGACUCAGGUCCAAGAAUGACAAAGACAUUUCUGAAGGACCACUGCAAACAAAAUAAACUCUACAUGACACCUCGAUUGAAUGACACACUGUAUUUGCACUUCAAAGGCUUCUCCACUAUAGAGAAUCUGGAGGAGUACACAGGGCUGAAGUGUCUCUGGCUGGAGUGCAACGGGCUGCUGCGCAUCCAGAACCUGCAUGCCCAAACAGACCUACGCUGCCUCUUCCUCCACCAGAACCUCAUACACAAUCUGGAGAACUUAGAACCACUCAGCAAGCUCUGCACCCUCAAUGUCUCCAACAACUACAUACGCACCAUUGAAAACAUUGCCUGCCUCCCUGAUCUGGGCACCCUGCAGAUAGCCCAUAAUAAGCUGCAGACAGUGGGAGACGUGGAGCAUCUGAGUCAGUGCCUCUCCCUCAGUGUACUGGACAUGUCCCACAACCUGCUGGAUGACCCAGACAUCCUCACUGUGCUGGAGAGAAUGCCUGAACUGCGCGUGCUGAACCUGAUGGGAAAUGAAGUGAUAAAGAAAAUCCCAUACUACAGGAAGACUAUGAUCAUACGUCUAAAACAGCUCACGUACCUGGAUGACCGACCUGUGUUCCCAAAGGACAGGGCGUGUGCGGAGGCGUGGGGGACAGCGGGUCCAGAGGGGGAGCGCAGGGAGAGGGAAUCAUGGCAAACACGAGAGAGAAGGAAGAUCCAGGACAGUCUGGACGCCAUGGCAACCAUCAGAGACCAAGCCAGGGAGAGACUGCGAGUCAGAGAGCUGCAAGAGAGAGGGGAGUAUGAGACCACUACAACUCCAGAACUUGAGAGCCCCAGUGAAAAGAACCAGAGACAGAAUCAGAGCCUGGGCUGGGAGGAGAGGAUUCAGGCAUUUGUGGAGGACAGUCUGGAGGCCCAUGAAGAGUUCCUACAGACACAGAGAGAACAGCCAGAAAAGGAGGAGCUAGGGAAUGAACAGCCACUGAAGAAACAGCUAGACAGAGAACAACCAGAAAGAGAGGAUCUGGAGAGAGAUCAGCUAGAGAGAGAGCACCAAGAGGGAGAUCAGCGAGAGAGAGAGCACCAAGAGGGAGAUCAGCUAGAGAGAGAGGACAAAGAGGGAGAUCAGCCAGAGAGAGAGGACCAAGAGGGAGAACAGCCAGAUGGAGAGCAAGCAGCAGAAGAAAGCUUAAAAGAAGAACUGUUAAACCAGUCAAAGAGAGAACAACUACAAAGAAGGCAGCCAAAGAGAGAGAAGUUAGAGAGAGAGCAGUCAGUAUGUGGCCAGCCAGAGUCUCAGACAGCUGGGAUGAUUGUAGAGCACGGUCCUGGACCAAUGGUGACUGAGCUAGAGGAGACAGAGGACCUGGAGACCAUCCACCUGGAGCCACGCCCACCACUUCGUAUUGAUGAUCUCCCUGAUCUGGAGGAUGUGAAUGUUGAAGAUCCAGACAGCGCCUGCAUCUUCUCCUCUCAGCAAGUAUUCCGGCCAAAGAUAGAGGUAAUUUCAGGAGACACCAACGAUGUAGAUCCAAUCAUACAUCAGAGUGGGACUGUGUGGACCACAGAGACCACACCUACCUCAGAUCCAAGCUCAUCUUCACUGUUCAGGGUCUGUGACAACACGUCAAACAAAUCGCCCACCAAUCACCUAGUAGUAUUGGACCCAGAGGCGGGGGAUGCCCCAGAGCUGGUGAUAUCAGACCCUCAGGGAGAACCCAGACAGAGGCAGAGCCCUGAAGCCAGAAAACCAGGUUGUCUCAUUGAGGAGCUGGACUAACUCGGCAGAAGGCUGUGAUAGCAUUAACAACACUAGGUUUAGGUGUUCAAUCUGGGAAAGCCUUGUUUUGCUGAAUACAGGUACAAUGUAAGCACAGAGAGCUGCUAUGGAGCUAUUUUGCAGCCACAGGUUUUUACACCCAACACAUUUUCCGCAGAAAACUAUUUUUUUGUGUUUUUUUUGUUAGUUAUU